AUGGUUUGUUUUCUUCGAAAUAUGUUAAAUGAACCAGACAUAGCUGAUCGGAUAAACCAAUCAGAAAUGGUGCCGACAUUGAAUCUUUUAGCUUCGUCUAAUAAUGAAUCGUUAAAACUCAAUGUUUACAAUCUUAUUGCUUAUACAGCGCAUGCAAACGAUAUUAAAGAGAUGGCAAAUCUUGGUGAACUUCUUGAUACAGUGUUUCAAUCGUUAAAAACAUUAAUGAAUCAAAAAUCGAACAAAACAACUGAAAUAGAACAAUUAUUGGAUACUCUCAAAGUUUUAAGUGCUAUGGCAAAUGCAAUUAACGAUUCAGAAUGCAUCAUCUUAUGUAUGUCGGAUUCGUAUAAACGCAGUACCGCUUGUCAAUGUGAAGCUUCCUAUGCAUAUAAGCUUAAACGACGUAUGAUCCCAUUAAUAAUGAGAAAAGGAUUCAAACCUGAUGGUUGGUUACAAGUCCUGAUUGGAUCACGAUUAUAUAUCAACUUUGGUAAAUCGCCGUUCGAUGAAGCAUGUCAAAAUUUGAUGAAAGAAAUUAAUGCACUAAAACGAGUGCCUAUACUACCGGAAAAAGUUGUUAAUGAUACAGAUAAUAGUGCAACUAAAGAGCAACCUUCUGUAACUGUAAAACCAAACGAAAGUGAAAAACCAUCACCAAGAGAAACUACUGUAUCCUCAAUAAUCAAAACUCGAAAACCGACAUUGAAUUUUAUUCGAAAGUCAAUCCUUGAGUGGUCUGAAUUAGAUACGCAAGACUUUCUUGUAGCUAAUCGUUUGAAACUACUACUACCAUUAUGUGAGGAGAUGGAUGGCCGAGCAUUAAUCGAACUAUACAACAUUAGUAUCAAUAAUAAACUUCCUGUUUUUCAUCUUAUCAAAAGUGAAUUGACAAAUAUGCAUAAAGCAUCAUUCUCGUUGAGUGCUUAUUUGGGGUUUUUAUCUGCAAUAGACGAAGUCAUUAUAAAUUCUUCACAAGAAUUAACAUCAUUACUGCCAACAGCAACAGAAACAACUACUAACGGUACUUUGACGAAAUUAGGCAUACUCAUUCCAUUUGAUGUUGCUCCGAAGUUCGAAAAGUCCUAUGAUUUUUCAAUUACUUCAAGCGCACACCCUUUUGAUAUAUUAAAACUGGUUGAAUCUCAUGGUAAUUCAUUAUUAAUGCUCGAUCUGUUACGUCGACAAUUUUCACAUCUAAAUUAG